ACCACAAUCACAAUGAAUUCAGGAUCAGUAAGUUCAAAGUUUGUGCAAGGUGUAGACAGUAAUAUAUGACGCCAAUUGAAUUUGACAGUAAAUGACCGGUCAUUUAUGGCUUUUGUUUUGACCAUCGUGAUUCGUGACCAGUCAGAUACAGUCAAUUUACAUCUCUAGUUGUACGAAGUACUUGUUUACGUGUUGAUAAAAUGUUAUUAUUACUUUAGUUAUGUUUUGGUUUUAGAAUCUCCACUUAAAAAUGGUGUCAGCUUUUGCAUUCUGUAAUGCCUUAAAAGCAGGCGCUAGCGAUCCAACGCUUCGUGUCUUCGGCGGCAGACCCGCGUAUCCAUUCGAAUACCCAUAUGUCGUAAGAAUGGAAAUUCAAGGCAAAGUCAAGCUGCAAGACAGUUACAAGGGCCUGUCUAUUCACGUGUGCACCGCGUCUGUGCUGAGCCUCGUUUGGACGCUGACAGCGGGGCAUUGCAUUGACGGUGCUGACUAUAUGAUAGCUCACCAUUUGCUUGAAUCGGAAUUGAUAAGUUUAGUCAUCAGAUAUGGGUCAACAGAAAACAGUUUUAGUGCCGUCAUCGCUACAGUAAAUCAUCCAACGUAUAAGUUUAUUAAUAUAAAAACAAGCCAAUUAUUACGUAACGAUGUCGGGCUACUGAAGACUAUGCCAAUAAAACUUGACUGGUACGGCAAGCUGAGCGCAAUGGAGUACCCCUCUCUGAUGGGACAAGCGUCUGUCGCGGUCGGAUAAGGCCUCACUAAGGCGGGCAACCAAGUGGACACUACGUUGAAGCUUGGUCAGCCGCUGCAAGUCUUGGACGUUCUUAUCCAAAAAUGCCCGAAGAUUGACCUGACGUAUACUUAUCCAAACAUGUGUAUUAGCAG